AUGGAACAGUCAUGGAUCAACUUUGCCCUCGACAUAGGUGUUUUUAUAAUCCCACUGUCGCAACUUGGACACCUUAACCUACAUUGGAAGCAAAAGAUCUCGGUUGGAGCUAUGUUUUUCCUGGGUACCUUAGCCACCAUAGCUGGCUUUAUCCGUCUUUCUUGGAUUCUCCAAUUCCAGUGUACAAGUAAAUAUUGGAAUCAUCUGCGUUUGUAUGCCGACGAUUCGACUCAUGGUUCAAAAGGCAAUUGGAUUUAG